AUGAAUUGUCCCUCAAGAGUAGAUUGGAUAGAGGACGAUGGAUACAACCAAAAUCCAAAGGGGUUAGCAGCAGAUCUUACAACUCGAGAGGAUCUAAAUGGGAGAGUAAAUUUGCGUGCUCGAAAAAUGAGUAAAGAUGAUAGAACGAAAGAGCUAGGCCUUGUAUUACCACUCAUCGAGGAUGGACCUUCAUGCGAAAGAAGUGAAAAUGAUGGAAGGCCCAACGAUGAGCAGUUGGCAUCGGAGAACGCCGAUAAUGAUGCUCAUGGGAAUGGUGAUGACGACAGAAAUACUGUUGGAAACAAGGGGAAAAAGAUUCGGGCACCAAAAUUCCUCCAAACUAUUAUUGCAAAGUCCAAAGAGUAUUUGAGGUUCGUAGGUCCAGGUUUCAUGAUAUCUGUGGCUUACAUUGAUCCUGGAAACUAUUCAACCGGAGUAGUUGCGGGAGCAACAUUUCGAUUCAAGCUACUCUGCGCUGGUUUGAUGUCCAAUAUUUUUGCAAUUUUUUUGCAAAGUCUUUGCAUCAAACUGGGAAGCGUCAGUGGCCUUAAUCUAGCGGAAGCAUGCCGAGCAUUCCUCCCUAGAUGGUUAAAUUAUUUUCUGUACGGACUAGCUGAACUAGCAAUUAUUGCAACCGACGUUGCCGAAGUAAUUGGUACUGCAAUUGCAAUCAAUCUGUUAAUCCCGAAAAUACCUCUGGUAGUCGGCUGUGCUUUAUCAAUUAUCGACGUACUAUUCAUUUUACUUUUCUACAAUCCAAAUGGGUCAAUGAAAUACCUUCGGUCGUUUGAGUGUUUUGUUUCUGUCCUCGUUCUUGGUGUGGUUGUUUGCUUUUGUCUUCAGCUAAGUCUCAUCAAAGAUACAUCAGUGGUUGAGGUUUUCCGAGGAUACCUUCCAUCCCGAGAAGUCUUCCAAUCUCAAGGACUUUAUCAAGCUUGUGGUAUUUUAGGCGCAACAGUCAUGCCACACAGUCUCUAUCUUGGCUCAGGCUUAGUACAACCACGUCUGCGAGAAUAUGAUGUCAAGCGAGGUAUUAUUCCUGCAUCGACAAGCUCUGAGCUGGAAAACAAAUUGCCAUACCAGCCGUCGCCUUCGGCCAUCAAAGCUUGUCUAAAAAUGUUUGUUAUUGAACUAACUAUUUCUCUUUUUAUAUUUGCUCUCUUUGUCAACAGCGCUAUUCUCAUCACUGCUGGUGCAUCUCUCUACGGUACCCCCGUAGGCGAAGCUGAUCUUUUUGGUAUUUACAACCUUCUCUCAACUAAUCUUUCUUCGGCUGCUGGUACAAUUUUUGCUCUUUCUCUUCUUCUAAGCGGGAUAAGUGCCGGGAUUGUAGGCACUAUCUCUGGUCAGAUGGUAGCAGAAGGCUCGCUAAAUUGGACGCUUCGACCAUGGCUACGAAGGCUUAUAACUAGGAGUAUUAGUAUCGUCCCGAGUAUUGUCAUUGCUGCAGCUGUUGGAAGAGAGGGACUCAACGAUGUGUUAAACGCCUCUCAAGUGGUUCUUAGUAUAACUCUUCCGUUUAUUACAGCGCCGCUGAUUUUUUUUACUUGCCGGGACCGCUACAUGACUGUCCGUUCCCCACAGUACUGUGACGAGGUGGUCACUCGAAAUGAGCUGGUAAAUCUUGAUGAAAGAGAUGCACCACAGUCUGAGAUGAAGAUGACUAACAAUUGGGUCACAACUGCAGUUGCAGUAAUUAUCUGGCUUAUAAUCGCGUUUAUGAAUGUAGCAAAUCUGGUAUUGCUUGGGAAAGGCGUUGGUGGUUAG